AUGCUUGUUUUUGAUGAGUUCUUCCUUGUCCUACAGCUCUGCUUUCUCAAGACUCUGCCCUUCUCAAGGAGCCAACAGGAGGAAGAGGCAAUGGCUCCUGUGCUCCUGGCGGCCAGCUCCCAGGAACCGUUGACAUUCGAGGAUGUGGCUGUGGAUUUCAGCCAAGAUGAGUGGAGGCAGCUGAACCUGGCUCAGAGACACCUGUACAGGGAUGUGAUGCUGGAGAACUAUAUGAACCUGGUCUCCCUGGAACUUCUGGUUUUUCAGCCAGAUGUAUUCUCCCAGUUGCAGAGGGGCGAAGUCCCUAGGAUACCAGAGGGAGGCAUUCCAAGAGGCACUUGCCCAGAUUUCCUUACUCAAGAAAAAAGGCAUGAUACCAUGGAGUCAGUUGCAAAGGAAGAUGUUUUUAUGGGAAUGUCAUCUAAGAAAAGACACAAUGGUCCUUGGGGUUACCAAUUGAGAGAAGACUGGGAAUGUGAUGUCAGGCUACAGAGGCAAAAGAACAACAAAGAGAGAAAAUCCAGACAAGUGACAAUCACUCAUAAAUCUAAUACAUUUGGGAAAAAUUUCAGUCUAGGUUUAAUUCUUAUUCCACAACAGAAAACUGCAGAGGGAAAAAGUCUCUCCAAAUGUGGUAUACAUGUAAAGAGCUCCCAGCAGUAUUUAAACAUUCUUAAAUGUGAUAAAAUUUCUGGUAAGGAGCUUUGGAAAUCCGCUAAAUCCAGGAAGUCCUUUAGUUACCAUACAGACCUUAUUCAAUAUCACAAAAGACUUAGUGAAGAAAAACCAUAUGAAUGUAAUGAAUGUGGGAAAUCCUUCAGCAACAGGUCAUGCCUUAGAGGACAUCAGAGAAUUCAUACUGGGAAGAAAUCCUUUGUAUGCUCUGAAUGUGGAAAAGUCUUUUUAGAGAGGGGAAAACUUACCACACAUGAAAGAAUUCAUUCUGGAGAGAAACCCUUUGAAUUCAAUGAGUGCAGAGGAGCAUGUAGGACCCCAUGUAGUGAAUGUGGAAAGUCUUUCCGACAAAGCUCAUCAUUUAGAAGGCAUCAGAUAAUUCAUACUGGAGAGAAACCUUUUGUGUGUAAUCUCUGUGGGAAAGCCUUCAUAGAGAGUGGAAAAUUCAUGGCUCACAAAAGAAUUCAUACAGGAGAGAAACCCUUUGAAUGUAAUGUGUGUGGUAAGGCCUUCAUUCAUAGCUCAUCUCUUAGGUAUCAUUGGAGACUUCAUACUGGAGAUAAACAGUAUCGGUGUAAUGAAUGUCAGAAAUGCUUUAGUGCAAGCUCAUCACUUAAGAAGCAUCAGCUAAUUCAUACUGGGGAGAAACCCUUUGCAUGUAAAGAAUGUGGGAAAACAUUCAUAGAGAGAGGAAAACUUAAUGAACAUAAGAAAAUUCAUACUGGAGAUAAACCUUUUGUGUGCAGUGAGUGUGGGAAAUCCUUCCUGGAGAGAGGGAAACUUACUGAACACAAGAGAAUUCAUUCUGGAGAGAAACCCUUUGAAUGUGAUGAAUGUGGGAAGGCCUUCAGCCACUAUUCAUCUCUUAAAUAUCACUGGAAACUUCAUACUGGAGAUAAACAAUGUGAAUGUAAUGAAUGUGGGAAAUCCUUCAGUACAAGCUCAGCACUUAGGAAACAUCAGAGAAUUCACACUGGAGAGAAGCCCUUUUCCUGUAAUGAAUGUGGGAAAGCCUUCUUAGAGAGAGGAAGACUUUCUGAACAUAAGAGACUUCAUACUGGAGAGAAACCCUUUGAAUGUAAGGAAUGUGGAAAGGCCUUCAGCAAAAGCUCAUUACUUAGGAGGCAUCAGUUAAUUCAUAGUGGAGAGAAACCCUUUGAAUGUAAUGAGUGUGGAAAAGCCUUUAUAGGGAGAGCAAGACUUAAUGAACAUCAAAGAAUUCAUACAGGAGAGAAACCCUUUGAAUGUAAUGAAUGUGGGAAGGCCUUCAGCAACAGCUCAUCUCUGAGAGUUCAUUGGAAACUUCAUACUGGAGAGAAAUAUAAAUGUAAUGAAUGUGGGAAGGCUUUCAGUAGAAGCUCAUCAUUUAGGAAACAUCAGAGAAUUCAUACUGGAGAGAAACCCUUUGUAUGCAGUGAAUGUGGAAAAGCCUUUCUAGACAAGGGGAAUCUCACUGCACAUCAGAGAAUCCAUACUGGAGAAAAACCCUUUGAAUGUAAUGAAUGUGGAAAAGCAUUUAGCUAUACUGCAAGUCUUCUUGAACAUAUGAGAAUUCAUACUGGAGAGAAACCAUUUGAUUGUGAUGAAUGUGGAAAAACCUUUCGCCACAGAAAAGGUCUUACUGCUCAUAAGAGAGUUCACACAAAAGAAAAACCUUUUGAAUGUGAUAAAUGUGGGAAAACCUUCAGUAACAGGUCAAACCUUACAUUGCAUUGGAGACGUCAUACAGGAGAGAAACCCUUUGAAUGUAAUGAAUGUGGAAAAGCUUUCAGCAAUAGCUCAAACCUUAGGAAACAUGGAAGACUUCAUGCUGUUGAAAAACCCUUUGUAAUGAGUGUGGGAAAGUCUUCAGAGAGAAGAUAAAGAUUACAUAAGAAAAUCUGUACUAGUGAGAAAACUUUCCAGUGAAAUGAGUAUGGAAGAGCCUUUGCCUAUCCAACAGAUCUUGACUGAACAUAAAAAAAAAUUCAUAUUGGAUUAAAACCCAUACCAGGUAAUAAAUAUGGAAAAUCUAUCACAACUCAUCCCUCAGGAGUCAUAAGAAGCACACUGCAUAAAAACUAUCAAUGAAAUGAUUAUGGGAAAUCCUUUAACAACAAUUCCUGCCUUAUGAAUCAAUAGCAAAUUCAAGGUGGAGAAAUACUACAUGUGUAAUGAAUAUGGGAAUAUCUUCAGAAACAUCUCAUCCUUUAGAGAAUUCAUAGAAUUUCAGAGUUGAACAAAAGUGCAAGGGCCAACCCAAACCCGUGUAAGAUUGCCUCUAUGUUAUACUUGAAAAGUGGCCAACCAGCCUUAUCUUGAAAAUCUCAUGUGAGUGAUAAUCUGCAAUUUAGGCAAAACAUUCUUUUUUUGAAUUAUGAAGUCUUUCCUUAAAAUGACUGGAAAUUUACUUCAAAGUUCUACCAGUUAUUCAAAAUUUUGCUUCUGGAGACAAGCAGAUUUUAUUCAAACUUGUUGUCUGUUAAAUACUAAAACAUCAAGAUGUCAGAAUUUAUCAAAUAUGCUAUUGUUUUGCUGGUUUGGAUAAAAAAAGCACAUAUUUUUCCCCAGCUCUAACAUUCUCUAAACAUGUAAAUCUUCAUACCAUGUCUUUCUGCCCUACUUCUCCUCAGUUUAACUAUUUGCUUCAAAUAUUUGCGCCAUAAUUGAAUUGCUAGAUUGGAAGUUGUGACCACGUUUUUGCAACUUGGAUCACAUGGCCAGAUUGCUUGCCAGAAAGAUGCAGACCGCUAGAAGUUUAUGAAUAGACCUG